GAGUGUGGGCGAGGGCGCCUGCCUCUGCAGGGUCUCCCCUGGUGGGAGGCUCUGCUGGUUUCCCAGACGCGCAUGGAAGCAGCCCGGGCUUGCCUGGAGAGGCGGCCCUGGACGUCCAGGGCAACCUGAAGACAGAGGCCGUGACGUCGCGGGCCGCCUCGCACCUUUGCUCUGCCUGCGCGCGAGUCUCGCUCUCCGGACACAGUCAGUGGCGAAGCAGCUGGGAAAGGAGCGUGUUAAUCCUCCGCGCAUCUCCUAUCUGCCCAGCAGCGGGGCGGGGUCGGGGCCAACCAGGGCGUCUCCCGCUCCACUCCCUGGCCGAGUCGAAAGAAAGAAAGCGGGGCGGGGCGAGGGGAAAGAGGGAGGAGGGAGAGAGAGAGAAAAGGAAACUUAAUUAAAGGUGCUCGCUCAGAAGAGCCGCUGAGGUAAACUCACCUCCCUUCGCCUCGCCCCACACCCUCGCUCGGAGGCAAAUCCUCCAGCGGACGGGAGGAGACUUGAGUUAACAGAAGAAGGACAAAAAAAAAUAAAAAAAAAUCACCCGAGUAGGAGAAAACAACCGUCUCCGCCUCUCUGCUGAUCCACUAUCGCUGCUGCCGCCACCACCCUUGCAGCUCCUGCUGUGGAGACAGGCGGGUCGCCUCAGACUCACCUGGUCUCUCGUCCAGCGCGCGCGCGCCGCCGUUUCCGCUGGUCUCUUUUUCCCGCCGAGCCCACCUUCACUCGCUCGCGCGCGCGCGCGACCCCAAUCCGGCUGCAGCAUGGCCCCGCUAGCGAGAGCGCGGCGCAGGGGGGGCUGGUGGACGGACGCCGGCCUCCGGGUCUUCGUCGGCCUGCUGGUGAGUAGUAGUAGUAGGAGUCGCGCCUUGUGGAGCGGGAGAAGGGAGGCAGAGGGUGGGCUGAAGGGAGAGAGGCGCGGGAAGUCUGGGCGGCGGCGACAGGUAACGGCGCCGAAGUGGGAACUUGCGGGGCGAAGUUGGUUGGGUUCGGCCUGGCGGACGUGCCGCGGGGCUCUUGGGCGGGAGGCGCUGCUGUGGCGGGGAGGAGCGGGGGGGGGGCAGCGCCCACCUGGAUUUUCCAGGGACGCCUCUUCGGAAGAAACAAAAAGCCGGACUCUUUAUGCUAUUUGCGCACACGGAAAAGUAAUUUUUCGUUCUUAGGCUUUCGAAAGCGGCUCGAAGCUGGGAGAAGCUUCCCCUCCCCAGAUUCCGACUUGCAGAUUCGCAGAGAGAGAGAAAAUGGGUGGGGGGUUCUCGUAGGAGUUGCGAAACUCUGAAGUUUUGAAAAGUGGGAAUGGGGAGACUUCAUUGUGCUGUGGCGAGGAGAGAAAAUGCAUGGACUCCUUUAAAAAAGGAGAGACGCGUUUACUCGGAAGUGAGCUCAGUUUUUUUCCAAGUAGCUUUUUUUUUUCACACGGUGACUUCAGGGGCGUUCAGGGUGGCAGUUUCGUCCUGGAAUUUGCUGUGGGGUUUUUUGGGGGGUGGGGAGAGUUAGGAUCCGAUGGAAUAUACCGUGGGACAGGCUUCUUAAAAUCGGCGACGCGCCUUGGCUAAGUGGCGUUUGUGUGCUCUGCGGGUUUCGCCCUGCCCUUAUUAACUCGCGCCUUUGAUCUGCCUUAGUCUUCCCCGGGAUGGUUCCCACUUUGAAAAGGAAAUGUGCUGGUUUAGAAUUAACGGCAUGCUUAUUAUACCUGUUUAAUCUGCGUGCUUACAUAUCAGUAUUAGACUUGGGAAUAUAUUUGCCUGGAAGAGGUCCUGAAGUGGGGGCAAAACACUCUAGAGGCACAGGAAAUUCAGGACCUCUUCUUCCUAAUUUCUCUGCUGUAUUUGAAACGGAUUAUUUGAGACUGGGAGGAGGCGACUUUUAGGUUGCUUUUCUUUUUUAUUAUGUACAGUGGUACCUCGGGUUAUAUACGCUUCAGGUUACAGACUCCGCUAACCCAGAAAUAUUGCUUUAGGUUAAGAACUUUGCUUCAGGAUGAGAACAGAUGCUGCUCACGCAGCAGCAGCAGCAGGAGGCCCCAUUAGCUAAAGUGGUGCUUCAGGUUAAGAAUAGUUUCAGGUUAAGUACGGACCUCCGGAACGAAUUAAGUACUUAACCCGAGGUACCACUGUAUUUUGUGUUUUCAUAUUGUGAUUUUAUGUUGUAACUGCCCUGAGACCUGCAGGUAUAGGGCGGUAUACAGAUUUAAUAAAAAAUAACAAUUUUCUAGCCAUUUGCUAUCAGUAAACUAUUGUUGUUCUCUGAGUUUGGCUUCUGUAGCCAAUGGGUUUAUGUUUACCAGAAAAGCUGUAAGCAAAUAGGAGAUUGGAAAUAUUUUCCCCCCUUGUCAGUCUUGUAGGAAAUAACAGCUGCGGUACACUCUUAUUGCAGUGAAUUUGAUUUGCAUGUUUCAAAUAAUAAUUCUAAGGUUGCAUCUAAGAACAUAAGAGCUCUGUUGGAUCAGGCCAAUGUCCCCUUCUAGUUCUCACAGUGGCCAACCAGAUGCACCUAUGGGAAACCCACAAGCAGGACAUGAAACAGUACCCUGCUCCCCAGAUGGUGGUGUCAGAUAUCAUCCAAUGCUGAAGGAGCACACGGAAAUCAUGACUAGAAGACAUUGAUGGGUAUAGCCUUCUUGAAUUUGUCCAAUUCCCCUUUAAAGCUGUCCAAAGUGCUGGCUGCCUAGUAGAAAAAAAGAAGCUUAUAUAAAUUACCAACCCUUUGUCAAAUACAGACAAUGGGUUGGGUCCAGAUUUAGUCAUGCUGGGAGUAGACCCACUGAAAUAAAAGCCACGGCUAUCUUGUCCCCUUGGUUUCAAUAGGCCUGCUUUGCCUGUAUGCUUGUCUGGAUCCAACCCACAAAUGGGGAACAUGAUUAACAGUGUGAACAUCCUUUUUAAAAUUUAUAAAAACUAGCGAUUGUGCAGACAUAGACAUGUUAGUUGAAAUUUGAGCUUCUAAUCCUUUGUAAGCAAUAGUCCAGUUAAUAUGAAUAGGCUCAUUUACACAGCCCAGAGUCUCUAUAUCAGUUUUAGUUUAAGAAAUGUACCUUACUUUAAAAUAAUCUUCCUUUGUCCAGUAUCAUGCUAGACUUAUGAAAAACACUGGGCUUCCUUUGUUACUGAGAUCUUUAUAGACCCCAUAGCCUUUCUGUGGCUCCCAGUACCUUACUGUAUUGAGUUACUGAUCGGAAUUUUCUCUCACAAUUGUUUGUAUCAUUCCUUAACAUCAAAAAAAUUGGAGUAAUGACUGUAGUCAUGUGCACAUUUGCUUCAGACUAAGUCCCACUCUGGAUUAUUUUUGAUAUCUUUAAAAACUAAUUAAAUCAACAUUCUAAUUUAUUUCAAAGCCGUCAACCUAAUUCUGUAAUCCAUACAAAAGCACAACCAGAGUGCUGCUCAGAUUCAUUUUGAGAGCCUGCACGUUUACCAGAUUUUCGUUUCAAGACGCAAAUAGUUCACUUGCGCCUUGGCUUCAAUACAUUAAUAAUAAUAUAACUAUUAAUUGGUGGCUCUUCUAGCUUGCCAUUUGUGGCCAGAAAUAGCAAGUAAUUUAAUUUCCUAAUUGAUUGGUUUUACUUCCCCUUCAAUGGACUUUUCCUGCUUUUUUUUUUUUUAAGUGUCCUCUGCUACUGAUGGUAUUCAAUCUGCACUUUAGCCUUUACAGCAUUAAUUUCAUUAUUUAUUUUUGGAAUGUCUAAUGUAUAGUAACUGCUUACACUCACUCCUAUUCUAUGUGAAUUAGUUGACAGUGUAUCAAAUUGACUUCCAUGGAACCCACUUGUUUCAAUUAAUAUUGCAGUAUAGAGAAACUUGCACUCUUCCAUCUAAGUACUUCACAAUUAUAGAUACAGUAUUACUUAUAAGGCCUGCUGAUAUAAUUGUACCUUGUUUUCAAACAAGGUGUUUAGGAACAGGAUGUUUAAUAUGUUUGAAUCCCAUUGAAAUCAUAAGAUUUAUACAUACCACCCAAGUCCCGUUUUUAUAAUGCUUUCAUUGUGACACAAUACUUUAAAAUAAAUAAAGCCUAUCUUACUGAACAGAAUUCCAUUGUUCUAAAAUGCAAACACUUCAGAAAAAGUUUGCUAUCUUUUUUUGGAUGAAAAUAGGAACUUCACAAAUAAAACAAUGAGUUAAAGUAUUUGAUUUACAAAACAGAGCUCUGUAAAUCCCAUCCCUGGCACUGGUAAUUCUGUGAAUGUUUAGAAUGUUUGUAUGUGUUUAAACCAGUUUGAAAGUGUGCUGAAUGUGUUACCUGAAUUGUAAUAUACAAAUAAAAUCUGCAAAGUGAUUUUUAGACUGCAAUCCUACUAUACACACCUCUGAGUAAAUCCCAUGGAAUUCAGUAGGACUUCCUUCUAAAAGGCCAUGCAUAGAAGCACACGGCUAUUUUCUCUCUUAUUCUUAAUGUUCUUUAAACAUAGCUAGGAAGAAUGGAACUGUGCUGCAUAUAUGAAACACUUGAUUCUCAAAUUGACAUGAAUUGCUUUCAGUAAGACAACUCUACACUAACUUUAACUGGUUAUUGUUUGGUGUGACGUAUUCUCUUCGACUUACUCAUACUGAAUUUAUUAACACUCCUGUAAUUCCAAGACCAUUUGUAGUGCCUUUAACAAUCUUUUGCAACAGUCAUAAACCCACUUAGUCCAGAGUAGAAAUAAUGAAGCAACGUGACGUCAUUAGACUUUUGUAAAAGUAUAAGACAGUAAUGGAAAACUGGAAUGCGGGGAAAAUGUCAACUCUUUUGUUCUUAAAAACUUUAAUCCAUUUUACAUUUAAAUUGGUAAUUGGUCUUAAAUCUACAUACUAUUUUCCUGGGCACUUUUGUUAGAAACCCAAUAAUACCUUUUAAUUACCUCACUUUCACUUUCUUGCUGCUUGAUAAAGGAGUGCUCCUAAUUUGUAUUCUGUUGCAUCCCUCCUUCCCACGCCCAAAUACUAGUACAGUGGUACCUCGGGUUAAGUACAUAAUUCGUUCCAGAGGUUCAUUCUUAACCUGAAACUGUUCUUAACCUGAAGCAGCACUUUAGCUAAUGGGGCCUCCCCCUGCCGCCGCACCGUUGGAGCACAAUUUCUGUUCUCAUCCUGAAGCAAAGUUCUUAACACGAGGUACUAUUUCUGGGUUAGCGGAGUCUGUAACCUGAAGCGUAAGUAACCCGAGGUACCACUGUAGUUCCAUGUGAAUUACCAUUAUUUAUAAUUUGCCCUGAGCACCAUGGAAGGAUGGGGUAAAAAUCUAAAUAAUAAUAAUAAUAAUAAUAAUAAUAAUAACCAUAAUUGUACAUAUAGAUAAAUCUACUGCAGCAGCAGAUACAUUUGAUACUCUGUGAUUGUGACUCUGUAGGUGUUCAAUUUAUCAAGUAGUCUCCUUUUAUGCCUCUGUUAUCAGAUUCUGUUAUAUCUGCCAUUUUAUUAUUAUUAAUUUAUUAUCUUUUUAUGUCUCUAUUAUAUGGUCCCAGGGAAGGUCACAACAAUUUAAAACACAACAUUAAAAAUAGUUUUAAAACAAAGUACAAUCACAGUGUUUCUCAAUUUGGUCUUAUGGACUUAAUACAACAUGAUGCUUAACAGCUUUCCUACAGAGGGCAAAGUCACUAUGGAGAGGAACCAUGAGAGUAAUGCUUCUGUGUUAAACGGUAGACUGAAAAAUGUCCCAACAGGUGAAGAUUUAUUUCCUCGAGCCCCAUGUGCUGGCUCCCUCCAAAGCUUCUCCUAGCCAUGUAGCAAUGGCACAAUCCUCAGGCACUGAAGAGGUUGCAGUGGAAUCUGUUCCUUAUCAAAUGAAAUCUCCGCUUGAAAAGAAUGAUAUGCUCAGAGAUGCGUCUAGUAACGCCAAACCUUUCAUUAGUUGCUCCAGUAAAGCAAUGUCUACUGAUGUCAAAAUAAUAAGAAGAGGAGAGGAAUAAUUGAAAACAUUUAUUUGUGUGUGUGUUUUUUUGGAGACUCCUUGAUUUAGGGGAUCAGCUGAUUCCAGUGAAAGGUGAGGGUUCCAAUAUUAGGAAUUGCCAGGGCCGUUAGCCUCAAAGCUAUUAGGAAUAAAUUUCUGAAAACUUCUGGGCGCUGUAUUCAUAGGUUCCCCAUCGGUAUCAUAAUGGAAAGGAUCUUAGAACGUGUGUUUUCUUAACUACCAAGCUGAAUUAUUGCCUGUUGAACAUAGGGCAGAAGCUUCUUCAAUUUGUAUUUACAUAUAUAUACGGUAUAUGAGCCAAUGAGCCCUUCUUACUGUAAGUGGCACCACAUUCAUCUGAUAACAUGGCGGUAGGGCUGGAUGACAACUGCCUCAAGAUGGGUUUGAUCUGCUGCUGACCCUCUAUAACCAGAUCAUGUGUAUCUAGAUUUGUUAUAUAUAGACUAUCACCAAAGUACCUCCUUUGAAGCGUGGUUUAAAUCCUAAGAGCCUAGUAUAUCCACCUGUUGCUUUGACAUGUCGUGUUUGCAAGCUUCUGAAAUGCAUGAUCAGCAUUCAUGAACCCAACAACAUACUGGCAAAUACGCAAUAUAGUUUCUGCAGACACUUAUCACCUGAUUAAGCUGGAAAUCAGAUCAACUGAUAGUUCACUUAAAAAGAAGAAGGAAAGGCUUAUGAAAUAUGAAAUCAUCAGAAAGUCUUAUAAUUUUGGAUUAAGAAGCAAUCUCCUCAUCUUCAUACAGAUCCUUUUGAGGAAAUGUGCAUUCCAGGUUCACGUUAGUUUUGACUUUCAAGUGGGAGAAAAGUGACCCUCAAGGUAGUGUUCAGUGUGUUUGUCUUCUCUGUAAAGAUUUGUUGCAGUGUGAUAUAUCAUAUAGCAUGCAGUUGCCUUUAUGCAGGUAAUUUCCAGAUGUUCUUUAGGUCCUUUGUUACAUGGCUUAAUGAAAGAUAACAACAACAAGCUUUCCGCUCUCACUCUCUCUAUAUAUUGGUGUAUACCAAUCAGCUGUACUUUGUGACUAUACCUUUAUCAAACAAAAAUAAUUUGUUUGUACUUUUGCUGAAGGUGUAGCUUACAUCCUUGAAAUUCCUAGUAGUUUCAUUCCUAGUAGUUUCAGAGUGUAUGUAUCUAGGGUUGAACAAGAAGCUCACACUCUUAUUGCACAUUAACUUCCUAAAGGUGUUAUACAUGAAGGCACUGAAUGUCCUGUUUUGCAUUCUUCAACCACUUCAGGAACAGACUGCACUUAUAUACUGCAAAUCUACAGGGUGUUGAUCUACUCCAGACUAGAUUUGGGGCUCCAUAAUGUACAGUUCUGCAAAGCUGUUUGCACUGAAGAAACUAUAUCCUGCUUAUUGGGGAAUUAAAUUGAGCAUUGGAGCAUAUUACACCUCAACUCCUUAUAGCCUUGGUACAGACUAUAUGCAACAAUUUGUGGAACGUUUUGAAAUCUCAUUGAUUCCCACAUAUCUCUGAACUAAUUCCCAUGGUUAAUUCCAGCCACAGGCUCAUUCAGCUAUAGCUUACAUCUGUUAUUUUUUUGUCUUUUUUCCCAUUUGAAGACUGCCUAGAGAAAUGUCAUGUUGUUUUUGCUGGGUUCCUGGGCAUGCUGGAAUUAAAUUUGGUUGCCCAAGCUGCCAAGAUGGCAACUCACCUUGCAACUAAGAUUCCCAUUUAGUGAUUCUCCCUCCCCCAAGCUAAAUCAAUGGUACAGUGCCAAGAGCUGUGAGACAGUUGGAACAACAGACAUUGAAUUCAAAAUCAGUAUUCCCAUCAUAAAUACUUCCCUAAAAGAGCACUUCUCAAGAAUUGCAUGUCAUUAACAUUCCAGCAGUUCCUUCUGAAGAGAGAGGGCCUAAUAGUGUUGGUGCUUUGCAGCACUUCCCUCUGUCAAAUACCUUUUUAUCUGCUUGUCAAAACUGUAUCUAAAUCCAGCCAUCUGAUUGGCACCACAUGAGCCUAACUUCAUUUUCUGGGUGAAUACAUUAAUUAAUGUGUCAAUUUUCUGGUUUGCUGCCAUUUUCCUCUGGUUUGCUGACCAGAAGAUGCUUUAUCAACAGAACAUAACCUUAUAGAUGGCUUACUGAAAUGCAUCUUGUGCACAUAACAGUGCAAUAUGGCCUAGAUGUUGUUGCAUCAAAAUAAUCUCAAAUCCUUCCUCAUAUUGACAUCAAAUAGUAUGAAGGCUUGUCAACCAUUCUUAAUGGGGAAACCUGGAAAUGUAUAUGUGCAAAUUUCAGUCAUAUUAAGGAAUAUUACAAUCUAAUUCAUGGAUAAGGUUAGAUCACUAUGCUAUAUUUCGGCCUAUUGUUUAUAGUUCUGUAUAUACAAAAAUAACAAAAAAUAAUAAUGUGAUUCUUUUACUCCUCAGGUACUAAGUUUAUUUUGUGAAGCUAGCAAGAAAGUGACUUUUAAUGUGCCUUCCAAACUAGAAGCAGGAACAUUAAUUGGCAGAUGUGAGUAACAAUUACUAGAGCCUCUUUCUGUUGCUUUCACAAUGAUGUUCUGUUUUCUUCUCCCUGCAACCCAUCUCAUAUUUAUAGCACACUCCAAUGCACAUUAUUUUGGAAGCCUAUCUGUGUUCAGUGGGGCUUAUGCUUAGUUACAGUAUAGCAUAAGCUUACAACUUCAAUCCUGGACACACUUAAUGGGCAGCAAGCCCCAACUGAAUGGGGUUCCUUCAAUCCUGGACACACUUAAUGGGCAGCAUACCCCAACUGAAUGGGGUUCCUUUCAGAUAAAUAUGCAUUGGAUUGUGCUGCUAUGCUGAAAUCUUAUGGUCCUUAGGAGGGUGCCCAUGGGGUCAUAGGAAACAUUGGAUCUCGCUUUCUGAAGGCAGAGAGAGUGCUCUGACCUUGGAGAAGGAGAUCAGAUGCUAGAUUCCCCCACCCACACCACUGUGAAAACUUCAUUGACUCAGUGUCAGGGCUCAGACAUCAGUGGAGCCAGAAAGGGUGGUGGUGUAAGGGGUAGACAAGUAGAAGUAUUGAACCUGAAGGAUCACAUGCAUUUCUGCUCUCCUGACAUGCCCCCUAAGCAUACUAAACACCCCCUGCCCUAAACCCAUCCCCAGAAAAUGACAGAGGAGUGCAAGAGGGCUCCUCUGCCCUUACAGUUGAAGCAGAUGAACUGCCUCUAGUUGUGCUGCACUCUGCCACGCCUUAGGCAGCCUGGGAUAUGUAUUUCAUUAUUGAUUGUAAAUAAAGCUUGCUUUUGAAUCUAUAACCAACAAAACUACUAAAUAAGUUUUUGGAUUUUGCAUCUCAUUCUCAUCUGUAACCAGUUUAUUUAUCCAUUCGCUUAUUCGCUAUUUGUUCAUUUAAUUGUUCUUAGUUUGAGUCAUAGCCUUUUCCCCCAGUUGUGAAGGCUGUGGGUGGAUAAGAUCGACUUAUUAGAUUCAUACUAGAGUGUCAUGAUCAUGCUCUAGAAACUUUACCCUGACACUGCAACUAUGUACAAAUUUUAAAAUUGUAAGCAUGCAAAUAUAAAUUUAGGACAUGAAAUUGGGAGUUGUUCUUUGCUGCUUUGUUUCUUGGUUUACAGUUUUUACUGUUUUUGUUUUACAGUAAAUCUGAGACAGUAUCUUAGGACAUCUGACCUGAUCAGUUCAAGUGAUCCUGAUUUUAUAGUACUAGAAGAUGGUUCUGUAUAUACAACAAAUGCUGUUUCUUUGUCUUCUGAGAAGAAAGCUUUUACCAUAUCGCUUAAUGACUUGCAAGGUCAUCUGCAAAAGAAAAUACAUGUCAAUUUGCUAUCACAUCCAAAAAAGGUAAGUGACAUGCAAUUUUUUUUUAGAUCAAAGUACAUUUCAGUUAUCUUCCUCGUUAGGCAAAUAUAGAUGUUAUAGGUACUGAAAAAGAGGUGGGGUUUUAGGGUGGGGAGAAGUAAUGCUUGACAUGACAGAACUGCACUGAAAGUUUCCUUGCCCCUGCAAGCAAACUUCAGCCACUGAAAAAGAGUGAGAACAUUAUGAUUAUGUCAUAUAUACAUUCCAGUAUGGAUGAGAGAGAAGGAGGAUACAUAAUUCUGCUUCUUUUGACAGCAGCUUUGCAGUUCCUGUAAUGUCUGUUUUUGGCCUUAAUUGACUGUCAACAGAACAUUUGAUUUAGCAUAUAACUUAAGCUCUCACUUCAGGUAAAGAGGAGGGCUGAAUCUGUCUCUUUAUUGCCCAGUUAAAACUGAUGUAGCAAAAAAGGAAUUAUCUUCAUCAAGGACAUUAGAAUUCCAAAAACACACACAAACAUAAUGAAAAUAGAGGCAUGAAAAACUGAAAACAGUUAUGCAGGGUUGAAGUACUCAAAAAUCACCAUACCAGAAUGUUAUAGCAAUUCAUGGAGAAAAAGAUGGAUACCAUGGUGAAAUGCUGGAGAAUGUUAAUAGGAACAACACAGUAUAGGAGAAUGGAAAAAGUAAGGAAUUACUAGAAUAUAUUACUAAUGUUUGUUUCUAUUUCCUGAACACAGGCUCAUAAAACAGGAGAGACUGUUCUUAGACGAACUAAACGAAGAUGGAGUCCUCUUCCAACCCUAAUAAUGGAAAACUCACUAGGACCUUUCCCAAUGCAAAUUCAGCAGGUAACGUUUAAUAAACCAGUCUGAUUACACUCUACGCUCUAGCAAAUGUGUUUUAUGAAUAAGAUGAGUAGAAGAAACCUAUGUAAGUUAUGAUCUUAGGAUAAUUCUAAUGACUUUUUGAGAAGCCUUGAACAUGAAAAAGGAAACAUCAAUGAUAUCAAUACUGUUAAUGACUAAGUAGUUGCUGGAGAGUAAUUUGUACCAGAUAGAGUGAUCCUAAGCACACUUGAAAAUCAGUUCUAUUAAAACAGGACUUACCGCCUCAGUGUGAUUAUGAUCUCACAGCCUAAACAGUGUGUACUAAAUUACAUUCCUGUAUAAAUGGUGAAGGAUUUUAAAUGAACAAAUAUUUGUCAUGUUCUUCAGGAGUCUGAACUAACUUUGGUACCAGAAAAUUAAGAGACAAAUUGAUACUUUAAUUCUGAGAUACUAGCUAUAGUAUGAUGACUUACGUUUUUCUGUUUCAUACAUCAUUCUCUUUAUACAGCUGUCUUCUGAUACAGCCCAAAAAUACAACAUCACAUAUUCUAUAAGUGGUCGUGGAGUCGACCAACCACCACUAAAUUAUUUUUAUAUUGAGAGGGAAACAGGAAAUCUCUUUGUUACUGUCCCAAUAGAUCGGGAAGAGUAUCCAGAAUUUGAGGUAAGAAUGCAAACUUUGUCAGUUGUAACAAUUAUAAUAUGAAGCCAAAUGUGUUGUAAGUAUAAAAUGAUGUGUUUUAAACAAUGGAUCAGUAGUGUUCAUUGACACUUUGUUCAUUUUGAGUAUUUGAAUUGGAAUGGUAGGAUCUGCAACCUUGUUCUGCUUUUACUAAGCAAAGCUUUUUCUGAGAUACUGAAUAGAACUUUAUCUGAUAGAUGUUAAUGAUGGAGAAGUUUGACAGGGGAGAAGAAUGUAUAAAGUAAAAAGUUUGGAUGUCUUUCUGAUGAAACACAGAAAUGUACUUGAGUUUAAGAAUUCUACAGAAAUAUGGCUAUUGGUAAAAUGGAAAUUGUAAACCUGUCAGUCUUUCACUGUUAAAGUAUAAGAAACGUAAAACAUUGCAAGUUCUUGUGUUUGUUCAGAAGCAAAUAGCAAUUCAUUACAAUAAAACCAAUUAUCCUUACGUAGGUAGCUACUAAAAGUGUUCCCUCUUUUUUUUACAGAUAAUUUGCAAUGCAAGGACAUUAGAUGGCUAUACUCCAGAGGUACCACUUAGACAUGUAAUCCGAAUUGAGGAUGAUAAUGACAACCCACCAAUGUUUGACCCAGUUACUUGGGCUUUUAAUGUUGUAGAAAACUGCAGAGCUGGUAAGCAGCUAGAAAUUUUAUAAUAUCAUUUCAAUUACUUUUAUCCAAUGAGUGAAAUCUAAUGGUGCCCUUCCACCAGUGGAAUGAACCUUCACAUGUGCAACAUGACACACUCUCUUUCCCCUCCUCUGUGUGCUCCCAAAAUCUUUGCUGAAGGAUUGGCAAACCAUCUGGAGCAGAUGGGGGAGCAGUAAAGAGGAAGGGGAAAAAAAAAGGAAAACCUGGAUGUAUAGUCAGACAUCUAUUUGCCUGUCAUUGAAUGUGGCCCAGUGUUAAGAUCUUUAAUCUUCUUACUUGGAUGUUAUAUAAUGGCAGAUGUUAAGCCAGUGUAGGUUAAUAUUAAUUUGUUUUACUAUACUGUGUCGGAUUUAAAAGUAUUGACUGCACCAUCCCCUUGGAAUGGGGCAGGUUAGUAAUCUAAUAAAUAAAUGCAUGGGCAAACACACAAAUACAUACAAUUUCACUAAUUAUGCAUGAAUGUGCCAUAUUAUUAUUAUAUUGAGCAUUGAUAUAUAUGAACAUACACCAAGUCAAAUGACUAGCCCAUCUAGUCCAGAAUUGUCUAGGGACUGAGGCAGAAAUCUUUCUCAUCACCUGCUCCCUGAUCAUUUAACUGGCGGUGCCUGUGAUUGAACCUGGGAGUCAGGACCUUCUGCUUUCAAAAUAUGCAUUACCACUGAGCUAUAAUCCUUCCCAUCACAUUUUUCAAAAGCUUUCAGAUUAGACCAUGUAUUUGCAUCCAUAUUCAUUUCAAUGACUCUUGAUAGAAAUGCUAGUCAGAUUUAUAACUGGUCUGUCCAGUUUGAAGAGUGUUUUCAUUUAUCUGUGUAUGUUUGUAACUGGGUAAACCUUUGCUCCAAAAUAGUAAAGAUAUUAUUUUCUAUGUAGAAUAAAAGUUGUAUCUCAUCAAAACAUGUUUUCAUCAUUCAGCAUUUAACUGCUGCUUAUGAAGACAGGGAUAAAUGUUAGACGGUCAUUAACAUAAUGAAUGUAACACGAACAGCAUCAGUGAGAAGAUCUGCGCCUACUGUACGCCUAGAAUAUCGUUUGACAGCAGCAAUUGCGCACAUGCUUAUUCGGUGCAAUUUCAUGUAAUUGCUAACUUAACAAAUUUCCAUAGGUAUACAUGGGGAGCAAGUGAUUGUAAGACCACUUUUUAGACAUCGGCCUGCAUAGAUUUAUCAGAAUAUGAUAAAUAUGAAACCUAGAUUAUUUUCUUAGGCAAUUUCCUCCAUUAGGAAUCUCUGUGAUUCAAAAUCUGUAGAUCAUUACAAAUAUAUAUAGUUAACUGAAAGCUCAGAAUUACUUCUUUUAAAAAAUCACGUAAAAAGUGCAGGGCUUCUUCAUCUACUGCUGCAUAUCUUCUGUUCAUUUCACCAGGGCUUGGGCUGGAAUCCCUUGCAUUAACCCAGGCAUAGGCAAACUCGGCCCUCCAGAUGUUUUGGGACUACAACUCCCAUCACCCCUAGCUAACAGGAGUCCCAAAACAUCUGGAGGGCCGAGUUUGCCUAGGCCUGCACUAACCCAAAUGAAGUAAGGAGAGGUUUCAAAGCAAAGCAGCAGUCCAUAAGCUUUAUUAAGGCUGAAGUUAACAACCAUGUAUUGUAUUUUCUUUUCGAGUACUUUAGGCAGGGGUUGCGUGUGUGCUGUAUUAUUAGGCUAGAUCUCCAAUGAUAAUUUGAUCAGUAUUUUAUAGUAUAAUCUUAAAAAUGUUACAAUGGUAAUCUGUGUAUGCAGGUACCGUGGUUGGACAAAUAACUGCAACAGACAGAGAUGAACCUGGUACACUGCACACUAAACUGAAAUACAGAAUUGUGGGCCAGAAUCCUAUACCGCUUCAAGGUUCCUAUACGUUCACUAUACAUCCAGAUACAGGUUCUAUUACUGUGGCAUAUCCAGUUCUGGACAGAGAGGUAAUUUUAUUGAAAGUCUAAUGUUGUUAUUUAGCAUUAUGCCUAUGAGUAAGACAUAAUUUGACGGGGAGGUGGGGAGAGGACGCAUGAAUCUCUGGGAAAUUUAUAGUUUGCUUGCUUGACAAACUCAUUAUUUUGUUGUUGUCGUAGACACCUCCCUUCUCUAAAUCCUAUGUAGAAAAGAGAGUUUGUGUUAGUGGCAGGUUGUUGCAGGAAAUACAAGCUGCUGCUUAGUCCUGCAAAAAUACAACAGAAAGGGAGGUGACCUAUCUUGUCUUUCAUCAACGGGGAAAAAGGGAGAGGUUCUCUCUCUUUCCAUCACUUUUUUGCAGGAAGCAGCAGUGAGAAUGAGAGAAAGGGUACUUGAUGGACUUCUGCAUAAGAAGCCUUAAAAGCAUUUGUUUAGCUAGGAACUCUGGUGGUUCCCUCUGGUGAAGUUCUGGUGGUUUCCUCACUGCGAGAAGUGAAGUUACAGGGAACCAUGCAGGGCCUUCUUGGCAGUGGUGCCCACCCUGUGGAACACCCUCCCAUCAGAUGUCAAGGAGCUAAAGUACUACACAACUUUUGGAAGACAUUUGAAGGCAGCCAUGUAUCAGGAAGUUUUUAAUGUUUGACGUUUUACUAUGUUUUUAUAUGUGCUGUAAGCUGCCCAGAGUGGCUGGAGAAACCCAGUUAGAUGGACAGGGUAUAAAGAUUAUUGUUAUUAUUAUUAUUAUUAUUAUUAUUAUUACUACUACAAUAUGACUAAAGAAAGUCAGUAUUAAGAGGAUAUUGUGUUCCAUUGGCCUUCCCCUCCCAUUACUGUGUUUAUAUUGGACUAUAUUCAUAUACUGUUUGCUGUGUUCUUUUUCAGAAAAUAACGACAUACACAAUACUGGUAGAAGCAAGAGAUAUGGGAGGUCAGCCCUUUGGUUUGUGCAAUACUGCAACAGUUGUAAUUGAAGUUGAUGAUGCAAAUGAUCAUGCACCCAUGUGUGAGCACAGCAUGGUAUGUUUGCUGUCUUCACACUUCUUAGAACAUUACUCUUCAUUUUAAGAUCUUCUGCAUUCUCUCUCUUUUCUUUUGUUUUUGUCAUUUGCAUGAGUUUCAUAAUUAUGUGUCCAAGCCUGCAGCUUUUAACUCUAUUCUGAUUGCAUCAGCCCUGGUUAAGAAGCUGGACUCUGUUUCCUUAUCAAUAAGAAGGAUAAAGACACACACUUUGUUUCAGUUGCUGGCAGAGAUUUAAUCUCAUCAUUGCAUUAUAUCUUAAGCAUUAAUAUUUUAAGGCUAUAAUUUAUCAACCCAUAGCAAUUUGCAAAAACAUAUAUGACAGCAUAUGCAUAGAAAACUAUGUUGUGGUGACCAUAUGGUUUUGAAACAAAUUUCUGAAAAUCUUGUUCAUUUCAGUAUGAAGCAUAUGUUAGUGAAAACACAGUUGGCGAAAAAGUAAUGGACAUCGGUGUCGUAGACAAAGAUUCACCUGGAACACCUGCUUGGCAUGCUACCUUCAACAUUAUAAAGGGAAAUGAAGAUGGUGCUUUCAAAAUUGUAAAAAAUCCUGAUUCAAAUAUUGGUACACUAUGUGUUGAAAAGGUAAUUACAUUUCACAGCUUUUCUAUAUCCAAUUGAAUAUAGUUUAAUAAGUAUUAUGAUAAUUCCAAUUAUACUGAGCAAUACAGAAGUGGGUAAUAAUUUUCAGCAGAGUUUAACACCUCUGACCUUCUGUGGCAGCACCGAAGUCCCUGAAUUUAAAUUUAUAAUUAUUUCUCAGCAAUGAUUUUCCAAUCUGUAUAUUGAUCACAUAAUGGCUGUGGUUGCAUGACAUGCUAAGCCAAAUCUUGGUUACAGUUAAGAGCAUAAUCACAAGCCCCGGUUCAGAAGACACACUAAGUUAAACCUUGACUUAGCUUAAUGUCGCACAGCAGCAAGAAGUUCUGGGUAGAAACAAAGCAGCUGUGAGCUUCUCUCUGAGAGCCUAGAUGCUUACUUGUUUGUGGUAAGCCAGAGUGGAGCGUCUCCACCCUCAUUGUGCAGCUCAGACAUUGUGGUCCAGCUCGAAGGGCCUUCUGGCAGUUCCUUCAUUACAAGAAGUGAAGUUACAGGGAACUAGGCAGAGGGUCUUCUUGGAAGUGGCGCCCACCCUGUGGAACACCCUCCCAUCAGAUGUCAAACAGAUUACCAACUAUAUGCCUUUUAGAAGACAUCUGAAGGCAGCUCUGUACAGGGAAGUCUUUUUAUUUUUGAGCUUUUUACUAUUUUGUUUGGGAUCCGCCCAGAGUGGCUGGGGCAACCUAGUCAUAUAAGCAUAUUAAAUAAUUAAAUUAUUAUUAUUAUUAUUAUUAUUAUUAUUAUUAUUAUUAUUUAUUUGGUUUAGCAUGUUAUGUGAACCAAGCCAUUGUAGAUGUUUUAUUCUUUUCAUUUUAAAGUAGAUGUGUGGGAAAGUAAGAAACUCACAAUGCAUUUAUGUUACGUAAAACUGUACCAUCAUUCCCAGUGUUCAGGUUUUGAGUGCCAUUGCUUAUGUUGUCAAAAUACCACCACCUCUGUAUAAGAGGGAGGUAUUAACAGGCUUUUCAGAAGCACAAAAUCUUUACAUAAAAUGCUAAGAGAGUGGAUCACAAAAAUACAUUGAAUUUUCCAUAAGGCUCACCAUUGCCACCUAGUGUCACAUUGUAUAUUGCAAUUAAAACACACUUAAAACGUUUUAUUUGCAGCUGUAUAGCUGAGUCCAUGAUGUCAUCCGUGGGAAAAUGGCUUCAUGGACCUAAUUUGGCCUGCAGGCUAUGGGCCCCUUAUGCUUGUUUAAAGGCAAGUGAAAAGGUUCAGGGCCAGAAGUGGGCUUCUGGUCCAGCAGACAAAGAGCCAAUAAAAACCCUUACUUCAUUGACAAACCUAUCUGGGAGGCAGAGACAAUUCACCCACAACUUGCUUCUGAAUAGGGAAUCAUCCCUCCAUAAUUGUCUGUUUUUGCUGUGAAUAUUAGAAAAAUCUUGCAAUUGACACACACAUUUAUUUAUUUACAGGGGCUAGACUACGAAAGAAACAAGGAGAGAAAGUUGGAAAUUGUUGUAAAUAAUGAAGCACCUUAUUUCCUCCCACCAAAUUCAAGAGCAGUUUCUACAAGUACUUGCGUCGUUGUUGUCAAAGUGCGGGAUAUGGACGAAGGCCCUGUAUUUGAUCCUUGUGUAUUUUUUCUGAACAUCAAGGAAUGUUUGCCUGCUGAAACGAUGGUUGGCCAGUACACAGCAAGGGACCCAGAAACUGGAAAUUCUGAAGGCAUAAUGUAUAGUAUUUUGUUGCCUAAUUCAUGUUAUACUAUUAGUGUUAGUAUUAAUACAACCAUCUGAUUCACAGAUGUAGCAGCUGGCAGAGCAGGGUGGGAGCAGGCAGUGCAUUGCUUUCCAAGGGAGAGUUUGCCGCUUAUAACCAGGGGAGAGGGGUGAUGUGGCAAUGAGGUCAGUAGGUGUAAGCUCAAUGGCAGCAGCAUUGGCUUGGCUCUGCCACUGUACCUGCACUGCCCAAACUUCCCUCCUACCUCACCCUCCCCUCUUUGUUAAAAGCAAUGACCUCCAUGUUGGGAAGCCAGGCAAGCAGUGCUGCUCUAUCCCAAUCUGCCAGCUGUUACUAGUGAUGGAUAAACAUUGUUGUACCUCUGUUGUUGCACCACCACACUGGGGGCUUUAUGCACAUUACACAAGCAAACCUUGUUCUGUUACAUAGGAGUACAUGGGGGUACUGGGUUCAUUCUGUGAGUUUUAUGCUGGCCUGAUGGUACUGCCAUCCUUGUGGAGUAUAGCCAGAAAUGUCAGUGGGGAGCAGGUUGGAAGAACUAAGUAUACUCUAAAUUUAUUGGACACCAGCACAGCAGGGAAAUGCUCUGAACUAUAGAAAUGUCUUACGUAUAUACUAAAGACUACUACCUAGUAUGAGGCUGCUUGAGAAUCUAUUGCUGUGUGAUGGUGCAACACAGAGAUUUGUACCAGCUUAUUUAACUGCACCAGGCCUAAAAAGCAUUAAGAUAUAAUAAAGCAUAUAUUUUGGUGUUUGUUUCUAACAGCUGUAUUUAUUCCUAACAGUUAUAGAAUAAUAAAUGAUCCCUGUAACUGGAUCACCAUUGACAACGCAGGUCAGAUCAGAACCACUAGACUCCUAGACAGGGAACAACCACAAAUGCAGCUCUACCAGUGUAACGUAACAGUCUCUGCAACGGACAGGAGUGAGUAUUACAUACUAUAAAUAGACUACAAAGUUCAAUUAAGUAGCCUACAAAACUACUGAAUAUGUAUGUGGCAGAGCAAAUACCACAUCCAAAGCUGUGUUUGCUAGCUUCAGCUGGGGCAGGAAGUGUGUAUAUGCGGGGGAAGCUUUUUCUUCCAUUUAUUCUUUCUCAACCGUUCCUUGACUCCAGUGAGAGAGAGGGAAAUCACACUGCUAGUCCCAGGGCUCAUCAUUUUGGGUCUUGUUUUUCUUUUGCCAGGGGUGGGGCUUAUUUGUUUUUUUUUUUUAUUGGGUGUACCAUUGCUCAGUAUGAUCACUUUAUAAUACUUUUGUCUAUACUAUCAAACCCUUUUCAAACUAAGUUAAAAAAUGAACAAUUAGAGCCAGUACUCAUGCCAUCCCAUGCCUUUGAAUGCUUAACCACAAUUAAGAAAUUAGGAUUAACCUACAGACCCAUGCAUUCAUUCCUUGGCCUUCCUUUGUUGAUUGUGGAUUCCCCCCUGCCAGCAUUAACCAUGGUUAAGCUUAACAUUGGGACCAGUGUUAACUAUGUUUGAAGCUAGCCAUGAUAUUUUCUUAACCAGGUUUCUUAAUAGUUUUUUUAAUGUUUAUAUAUACUUUAAUUAAUUUGACAUUUUAAAACAAAUUUGUACAUGGGUUAUGUAUAUCAUAAGGCCACAUAGAAUAUUACACAACAUCAACAAACUAUGAAACACAUUAAAAUGAAAUCCACAUAGAGGUUUACAAAGCAAGGGAAGAUUCAGGCAGCACUGCUCCCCUCAUAAAUUGGUAUAAAAAUAUAACUGCCAUCCUUUACAAGAAAAUAUUGCCAUUCAGGAAUUAAUUUGUUUCCAGAGGGGCUGGCAUGGGUGCUCAAAGUCUUUUAUGAAUAUCCCAAGCCUCUGGAUUUGCUUUCAGUCCAUUUACAUGAUGUGGACACAUGCCUUGCUCUUAGGGGUGCACACAACUUUCCCAGGCCUCUGUGUCAAAGAAAGGAAGGACCCGGUUCACUCUUCUGUUAUUUAAAAAGCAAUGCCUUUCCUCAGUGCUUUUCCCCCCUAAAAAAUUGCUUAGGGGUACUCAUAUUUUCCUACUCAUAUUGAAAUACUGCCCCUCAAUGAGGCCAAACUUAGAUUCACAAAAUGUUUAGGGGUAUGCAUACCCCAGCGUACCCCCAGAAAAAAGCAUUGCCUUUCCUCAUGAAUGCUAGUCGAAAAAUGGAACAUCAGCCUGGAAAUGCCUUGUAAUUAACAUUGAGUAUGUAGGGGUGGGAUCCAUCUUGGACACAGGCUAUCUUAUUGAGCCCAUCUCAGAUUCCAUUGUUUGGGUGAGUUUCCUUGCAAGUAUUUGUUGUGAACUGCUGUUGGAAAUAGUAAAAUUAAUAAUUUCAGAAGUGUAACUUAUGAGUAGGACAAAGAUAUGUUAAAUCAUGGAAACAGCAUUAAAUUGUAAGGCUAUAACUCAUUCUUUGUUAUUUCCUAGGUGGUAAAACAGGCACUGGAGUAAUAGUGGUUAAUCUAUUAGAUGAGAACGACAAUUUCCCAGUGAUUCCCAAGAGAGAGUACAUAAUUUGCAGAGACAGACAACCAGUUUGCCUUACUGCUGUGGAUGCUGAUUUACCUGAACAUGGAGCCCCUUUCAGUUUUUCUCUUCCUGACCGCAUGAUCCCACAGUGGAAAUUGACACAACAUGAUGGUGUGUGUUGCAUUCCUAAAUUUCUUGCAUCUGCAGUAAUUAAUGAUUUUGAAAUAAUGCUCGUCACUGAGUUGUGUUUUUGUUUCGUUUUUGGCAGAGAACUCUGCAUACCUGGUACCAGCAGAGAAUUUGCCAUUUGGCGCUUACGAGAUCCCUGUGAUGGUAACUGAUCGUGCAGGCAAAGGUGGAAUCACUGAAGUUCGUGUAAUUAUGUGUGAUUGCACCACCCCUAGUGAUUGCCGUUACUGGCCACGGGUGGGGCCACCGGUUGCACGUCAGACUCCUAAUGUGACUCUUGGUCUUUGGGCCAUCCUUGCAUUGAUUGGGGGAUCCUUGUUGCUAUUAUGUAAGUAUGUUAUAUAUGAAAUCUAGAAUUCAAGCAAUUGACAUUUGGGAAGGUGGAGCAGGGGGCUGGGGUCCCUUUGCCUAAUUAUUUCCUUCCAGCUCAUAUGGUUUCCACUGGAUAAAAUUGUGCAUUUAAAUGAUUUUUAGACAUCCAGUGGAUUAUCUGGCUACUCUUGGCUUUUGCUUCUGAUAUGUACAGUACUGUGCCUUGAUUUUAACUAGAGAGAAGUGCUGAAACUUGUUCUGAUUCUUAAAAUACUGCAGUGGUUUGUGGUGGUUGCUUUUGAAUAGUAAAAAAAAAGAAAUAUAUUGUAUUUUCUAAGUAUUUAAACUGCAUUUUAUGGCAAGGUGACUUAUAUCAGUGUCAAUUGCAAUUAAACCAGUGCACUACUGAAUAUGGACUGGGUGAGGUAGAUUUUCAGGGAAGUACUCACUGUCAUAGCCAGGCCCUUGGGCAAGACACCCUCCCUUCAUUCCCCUGCUCAGUGAGGCUGCUUCAUGUUGGUAGGUCCACCCUUGCCGGAGGGUGGGCUCUUGGCAAGUAUCCAGUCCUGUCAACCUUUGAUGCCAGUUCUGUUAGUAUUUAACCAAUGCAUUAUUUGACUUGCUCAUUUACUCUAACAGAGUGAUUGGCACUUCUGUGUCUUUCUUACACAUACUGCUUAGGAGCAAGUUCAACUGAAACUGGUCUGGAGCUUUCUUGGAAGCAAAUAUAUAUAUAUUAUGUCUAAGUAGCUGGUUUUUGUGAUGGUACUCACUGGUAUGGAGUACUGCCACACCUCUUUUUUGCUGUCCGUGGCAGACAUGAACCCGCAACACUUUUAUCAAGUUAUGAAUACCAGCACCUCACUUUUUACCCCAAAACACUGGGUCUGAGCAUUCAUAAAGAAAACCUGUGUGGAUUGUAGUUAAGAGUGCUGAACUUAGAUUGGUGAGACCCAAGUUCAAAUCCCCAAUCAUCCACUGAGGGAUUGCUAGGUCACUUUGGGCCACUGAUUUUCUAUUCUCUUUUAAACUAUCUCAUGAGCCUAUUGUGUGGAUGAAUGUGGGGGGAGGGCAUAGACUGCUGAUGAUGCCAUCUUGGAGGAAGAGGGUGGUAAAAAUAUUGUUAAGAAAUAAAAGGCUAAUAAUAAUAUGUAGAUGCCCUGAUGCCUUAUUGUAUCUGAUUCUUUUUCCUCUCCCCAUCCGCUUUUCCAGUAAUCCUGAUAACACUUUGCGGCUGUUGUGGCGCUGCACCUGUGAGUAGCAGUAAGCAUGUGUGUGAUGAUUUAGCUAAUCAGAACUUGAUCAUUUCAAACACUGAAGCACCUGGUGAAGAAGUAAUGGUAAGUUGUUUUAUCUGCUCAUUAUUUCUUGGGCAAUAGGUGCCACACACACACACACACACACACACACACACACACACACGGCUUCAGAGCAAGUGGAAGGAGGGGGAGGGAACUUGAUUUGAGAAAGUGAAAAGAUUUUAAUAUUGUUUAAAUGCUGAAGCAGAGAGGGCUAGAUGGGAACAGAUCUGAGAGUGAAGGCAUUCUAACUAUGUGGAAUGACAAGACAUAACAAAAUAUAUGUUGCGUUAAACAACUUUUUUUAAAAAACAAAAACUGGCCUUGCACUGGUAUUCUAUCAGCCUCCUGGCUGCUAUUUACCCCUAAAGAUGAUGUCACAAUCCUAGGGAACAAAUAGUAAUGGGGAAGACAGUUUUUGGCAUUGGAUUCCCAAUCUGUACUGGGAAAGCAGCACUGCACCAGGACUGCCUCACGUUCGAAAUUAAAUGCCACCAAUAUACAUGCUUUUCAAAAGCUAUUAGUUUGGCUUUUAAGGGAGAUAAAGAAGGAGAAUGGGACAAAAGCAGAGACUAUAUAUAAGGUGCUGGGGGAAAAUAUUAGUUGUAUUUUGAAUGCUGGAAUUAAUAUAAAUCCCAUGGUAUCUCAGCCAAUUAAUCUCAAGAAUAAAAAAUAGGGGUAACGUAUUGCUGAUUACUGUGUUAAUUUUUAAAUCAGAGUUUAAGUUCAUAUAUACACCACAGUGUAUAGUGGAUUCUUAUUCUUAUAGUAGAUGGUAAUAAGCCUUUGACACUUUAUUCUUAACUAGCUUGGAUGAGAGAACUGAACUUCGCUAAAUGUUACAUCAUGCACACAAGUAUAGAAUAUUAAGUGUAUUUAGUAUUAGCUACCAUCUUUGCUUUAAGGAAAGCUGCUUAUUAUUUCAGUUAAAAGUAUUUUAAUGGCUCAAGCUAAGAAAAUGAGACACUGAACAGUUCAAGUUUUCUUUAUGCACAUACACCCAUUUAACAGGUCAGGUUGAGCUGCACUUUCUAGGCUAAGGUUAUUUGAGUCAUUUCCUUUUCUGAGUGUUCAUCCUCCACUGGGGAAAUAGUUAUGAUAUUUUGCAGUGGGUAACAGACAACAAUUACUCCAAUCCUGAACAUCUGUGUGUGUAGGGAGGACUUCAGAGUUGGGGUAUUUUGAAUUCCAUUUAUCCCAGGGCCACAGAAGUUGCCUAUCUCUGUCACAAAUGUAAGUGGAGGAGGAUAAACAGGAGCUAUUACUUGAUGUUAAGCAAAAUCAGGGAUAGUUAAUUGGAUUGGCUUCCAUUGUAUACCUACUGGAAAGACUGAAUACCCAGCAGGGAAUACAGAAAUCCAAAUGGCAUUCCUUGUUCUCAUGGUUUCUCAUAAUGUCCAAUUCCUUCUUCCCAAGCACCCUAAUGUAUUUCUUUUGCUGUUUCUUCUUUUCUUUUUAGGACCCCAAUAUACUUCCUGUGAAAACAGGAAACAUGGUUACUUAUGAUCAAGGAACUCUUGGAGUGAAAACUGGAGGACAGGAAAGCUUUGAGAUGGUCAAGGGACACCAGACACUGGAAUCAGUCAAGGGCGGAGGACACCACACCUUAGACUCUGUUAAAAUGGGGCAUCAGACAUUAGAAAGAGGAGGAUAUGGACAAUCUGCGAUGGAUGCAUAUAGAUACAAUUAUUCAGAAUGGCAAAAUUUUACACACCCUCGACUAACUGAGGUAAGCACUGUUAAACAUACUUUUAUUCAGAGCUCACGUCUUCUUAGCUGGAUAUAAUAUUAAUGGCCUGCAACUAUAGGUGAUAUUUUCUGAGCAAAUGUUUAGGAUUUACUUUGAAAUCACCCUGCAGCUUGGAAUGUGAAAAGCAAUCCUUUAGUUUUAGUGUUUGGAUUUAGAAAAGGUAACCUGACCAGGUAUUUGUUUCGUAUAUCUGUGUUGUUUUAACUUGUUUUUCCUGUAGUGAUUCUCUCCUGCUUUGACCUCAUCUCUCAUUACUCCUCCAGUAUUGACCACGUUUGAUAGUAAUGGCUGUAAUGUCGCCCAAGAAACUGUAUAUGUUAUGAACUGGGCUCCUAAAUCUGAGCCUGCCCUGUAAUAAGCAAUAUAUAACUAGGGUGUCCCCACCCCCAAUUUAUCUGAACAUUGUUUUUUUAAAAACUGAUAAGGAAGUUCAUUGCAUUUGAUUAUUACGUAUGUGAUCAGUAGGUCUGAUUUUGUUAAAUUCGUCAUAGAAUGAAUGAUAUAGACCAAUCAUGUGCAUUUUUUGUAUAUAGGAACCCAUUAGAGGACACACUCUGAUUAAAAAUUAAACAUUGAAAGGUAAAUCCACGAAAUCAUUUUUAUGUCAUGUUCAGGUUAGUUUAAGAAAACAAGUAACACCCAGUUUUCCCCCCCUAUGCAGAAGGUAUAUCUCUGUGGACAGGAUGAAGAGCAUAAGCAUUCCGAAGACUAUGUCCUUUCAUAUAAUUAUGAAGGAAGAGGAUCGUUGGCUGGCUCUGUAGGCUGCUGCACUGAUCAGCAAGAUGAAGAGGCGCUUGACUUUUUAGAUCAGCUGGAACCAAAGUUUAGGACAUUAGCAGAAACCUGUAUAAAGAGAUAAAUGUGCUGACAACAAUGCAGAGAAUUAUCGCCCUUUCCACAGGAUAACAACUUGAAUACAAAAUAUUUUUAUGUCUCUCUCUCCCCCCCACACUUUUCUCGUGGGAAUAGUUAAUCAGAAGACAUUCUGACAUUAGGUUUGUCAGUAUCAAACUUUCUGUUCUUAAACCUCUGGAUACUCUGUGCUAUUUGACCUACCUACAUGUGUACUGCCUUAGAUUUACACCAAAAAGUAUUUUUUUUAAACCAAAUGUACAGUCAAUAUUGUAGUCACAUAACUUUUCAAAAUAGCAACAGAGUUUCUAGUGUUCUCUGCAUCUACCGUUACAGGGAGGCAAAAUGCAUUCUUUAUCAUUUUAAGAACUGAGCUUCAAAAAUUUCUGGCUGUUUGGGUCUGGGUUAUAGCAAGCAUGGUUUGAUUCAUAUGAAUCUUUCCUUUAGUUUUAUAGAAAUAAACGCUAAAUACUAUUGCUGAAUGUUAAAAUAGUUAUUCAUUUCUUACAUUCUUAAGAAAAACAGGGUUUCUAAGUAUUUUUUAAAAUGGGAUCUGUAACAAAAUUUGCAGCCAGCCAUGACCUUUUCUAGAAUACUCCAUACCCCCCCUACAGUCCCAGUUCCCCCAAAACACAGCUUAUUGUGGCUACUGAGCAGGCAUGCAUUGGGCCGAUUUGAUUCUCCCUCUACAUUUUUCUUUUUAAGCAUAUUCACUAACCUGAUGAGUACCUCCUCCUUGAGUAUGGACAGUGUUGCUUUGAUUAUGUAAUGAUUGAUACUCAGAGAAUGCAUUCAUUAUUAGCAGGGCUUUUUUUCAUCCUGAACUCGCCAGAAUUCAGUUCUGCCACCUCUCAGGUGGGCGCCAUUGCCAUUCUAUGAGAAUGAGGGAGGUGUUCGUGGUGUGUUCCGGCACCUCUUUUUCUAGAAAAAUAGCACUGAUUAUUAGCAUAUAUGUAUUGGCAGAGGGGAGCUGGCCCUGCGAACACUAAUAUUGCUUUAGCAUACAUGAAUGGAGCACAGUGGUAGUGAGGUCAUUCCGUGCAGGUGCACUGGCAAAGCUCACCUGGCACAGCUCCAACCUCACCAGCUGCAGUGAUACUGGUGUUGAGAGGGCUACGCUGUAUGGACUGCUAGGUGAGUUUAAUUAGGCCAAAGCUCCUAAAUUAGUAAAUAGAGAUGGAAGAGAGUGAAAUGUUUUAAUGUAUAUAUGUACACAUUUUUCUUUGUACUGAAGUUUUGUGUUCACCAAAUCUGACAGCAAUAGUUUGUAUGUUCAAAUCCACUGGAGGAAUAAGUAUAGAAAUUAAAAUGUGACAUUGAAAACAUUUGCCAAGUCCACCCAAAAGACUUUAGAUUAAUUCAAAGUAUAAUACUUGUAUUUGCCACUCUAAUACAGCUGAGUGUUAAAAUACUACGAAAGGAACUGGAGAAAAUUGCUGGUAUUCAGGCACUACUUAUUGUUGACUCCUCCCAUCUCAGGAAAAUUGGGGAACUGAACUUGGAGCAACAAAGGUAUGAUCUGUGCUGAUUCUGUGUUAUCACGUAGUGACUGGUGCUUUGCAUUUAACAUGCAUGAAUGUGCCUAUUGUAUACGGUUCUGAUGGAAUAAACGUUGACUGAUCUUUUUAAUACAUCUGUAUACAUACAGUUUGUUUAGGAAUUCAAGAGAAAUGUAUUGGAAAUUUUGAAUUGUAAAUAAAGGGAAGGAGGUGUGCUGUAGCUGCUGUUUUGAUGUUACACAUCAUAGUCUUCUCUUUAAUCAAGUGGAUUUAAAGAUAUGCAUUUAAAAAACUGAUUUUAAAAAAGCAUAAAAAAGAUGUUGUUUCUUUGCUAGAAAUUAAUUGACCUAAAAUGAAAGGCUUUUAUUCUCAACAAGUUGGUAUUUUAGGCUUUUCUUUUGUGCUUUAUUAUGCUCAUGUCAGUGCCAUUGAGCAGAGAAUAACGAGUUUGAUUCUUCUGGUGCACUAAGGAUCUUAAACACUGAAGAUCCUGUUACUUUGGUGAAAUUGGUAUAUAGUCUAUUUUAAAUAGGUUUUUUUCCUAGUACAUCUCAUAUUAGUCUUCACGCCUUUUCUGCAAUAGACAUAUUUCUUUAGAUCUGCAGAAUCCAGAGAAGAUAUUUAAAAUGUUGCAAAGCAUUACAAGGCCUUAACUUACCAAUAAUAUAGCUUUUAGGUUCAGGGUAUUUUCAGGGGUUGGGUUUCUAAUGCACAGGCUUCUGAAGUCACUUCUUCACACUUAACACUCACUGGCUUACAUGGGUGUGUUAUUAAAAAACAGGCCCUACUUUGAACAUCAGAGCCCUUAACCAGUUUAUAAUCAUGAUGAAGUCUCAUUGAAAUAAUUGGGAUUUAAUUUACACAUGAGUACCUUCUUGCAUUUGCUUUAGUGGGACAUGGAUGUCUGAUUAACCUGAGGUAGAUUGUAGCCCCCAUACAAAAGACAAAGCAAAAGAAGUAAAAACUGAUGGAACAGAAAGAAGAUGAAUGAAUGGGCUGUAUCAAAUACUACAUUCUUGGUAUUUUUUUCUGGCAAUAAUAAUAUAAAAAGAAAAUGGAGAAAUCAUGGGUUUUGUGGUUUACUUUUAAGCUUUGAGAAAAAGUAAAAACAGAAAUACAGGCUUCUCUGUUUGGUAUAUGAAUUAUUUGGAGUGUAAGAUACAAUGUAUAAAGCAAAAUCUAAGAGCAAAUUAAGUAUAUAGUAUUCUGAACUACUUCUGCUAAAUUGCAAGCUUGCAAAAGUAGCAGCUACGCCUUAUUGAGUAAGAGUUUUUGUAUGUCGGGCUAGCUUACCCAUCAGUUUAAAUCUGCCAAAGUAAUGUUGCAAUGUUAAUGGGUGUUGCACUGAGUCACAACAGCUAUAAAUCUGAUGCAGGGGCUUUUGCUGAAAAGAAAACACAGUAUGGCAUAAAAGUACUAACUGAUGACCUAUCACAGAAGGUUUCAGUUCAGCUCUUUCCCCUCAUUUGUGUAACAUUUAAACAUCUAAGAAGAACCUGUUCAAAGUUAUUGGAGAAGAUGGAAGUCUCCAGAAGAAUACUUUACUUUGAGAAGUUUUCUGUGGUUUUAAAAUGGAGACCGGCUUUGGGUCCCUAAUUUGUCACUAUCCACCCCCCACUAAUCCUGAGUUGUGUCAGUGACUGUAUUUAUUGAAACCAAGGUAGUCUUACAAAUCUAUUUUGUUUUUUAAAACAAUAUAAAUUGCAAAAAGCCAAUUGCAGUAUAAACUAAGAAAAAUGUUGCUAUUUCUAUUGGUUUUCUUCUAAAUACAAAACGCCAUGAAAUAAAAUAUGAACUCCAAUCAUACACUAUAUUUUCUGUUUCCUUAAUUUAGUUCAUGUUUAUAAAAGGAACUCUAGAAUCAUAGUGUUGGAAGGGACCACAAUGGUCAUCUUGUACAACUUCCUGAAAUGCAGGAAUCUUUUUGCCCAGUGUGGGGCUCAAACCCAUGAUUCUGAGGUUAAGAGUCUGAUGCUCUACCAACUAAGCUAUCUCUCUCUGACGAAGAGUGCAAUCUUAAGUGGGGAAUGAAGUAGUGGAUGAUAUGCCACUAGCAAACCUUUGCUGGUUUGUGCUGUUGGGCAGGGGUCGGGUGUAGAUUAUCUAUCUGCACUCACAUGUCCUGACCUUCUCAAGGCAGUGGAUCUGGGGUUAGGAUUGCUUUGAGCAGUUGGAAGUGAGAUGUGCCUAGUUAAAAGCUUAACUUACCUGUAAAUUUACUAAAUGACCUGAGGCAACCCAAUAUCUCUCAGAUCCCUAGAUUACAACUGGUGGGCUAAUAGUGCCCUCCAUAUUAAUGCUGACGCACUCUGUGUAAAGUCCUUUGAGCGCUGAGGCAAAGUGCUGUAAAGUAAUGCAACAUAUUAAUAGGUAAUUGUUUUUAGCAUUUUGCACUGGGUUAUUUCCUCUGCCUCUUCAACCAGUUACUCCCUAUUUGCUUGCUCUGCUUUUGGGUACAAACUAUUAGAAUCCCAAAGAUGACAAGUAUCUGUUUAAAUUUAACAAAGCAUUAAUUUAACUAUGUUAUUUGUAAUGUUUCUUUGUUACUACGGUGUGCAAAUACGGUGCCUUUCCUAGCUGCAUCUGUUUAUCAAAGAGUCUUGGAGGACCAAUAAUGGUGGAUAAGCCUCUCUAAAAGUCAGGGUGUCAACCACUAUCCAUCUUCCAUUGCAGUGUGCAGCUCAAAUGGAGCAUAACAGACCUUGUUUGCAUCCUACAUGAAUCACGUGUACCCUAGAAUGUGGCCAAAUACUUCUUUAAACUGCAUCAAGGUUCUGUGGCAGUCUGCUUGAUAUGGAAAGGCUGCCUGACAGCAGAAAUUGUGAGAACCCCUGUACCAGGCAAUCCACAGAAUUAUAAAAUUUGCUGGCCUGUAGAGAUAAAAAUGUAAAAUAACAUAUGAUUGUCAUGUAAAGUUGAGAGAUUUGUAUUUAUAACUUUACAGGCUAUAGGUGUAUAUCAUCUUUUAUGUUCUUUAACUCACCAACAAAAUGCUUUGACUCAAAAUGAAAAAUGAUUUGCUCUCCCCAAUGACGUUCUUCUCAAGAACUGCCUCAUUGUGUAAACAUCUUGUUUAAUUUCGUAUCUUAAAUACAUUUUGUACAAGAGUAAUAAAGUUGCUUUUAUUUCAAAAUCAAA